AGUGAGUCCUCUGAUAGGUCGUUACUGUGGAACUAAGAUCCCUCCAGAGAUCACAUCGUCUACAGGGAUCCUGUCUCUGUCCUUCCACACGGACAUGGCCGUGGCUAAAGAUGGCUUCUCUGCUCGCUACAACAUGACGCACAAAGAAGUCAGCGACACUUUCCACUGCAGUAACGCUUUAGGUCUGGAGUCGGGGAAGAUCUCUGACGCCCAGAUUACGGCCUCCUCCUCCUUCUACGACAACACCUGGUUGCCACGGCAAGCCCGUCUCAACAACAAUAACAACGCCUGGACCCCAAACGAGGACAGCAGCAAAGAGUUCAUCCAGGUGAGACGUCGGGCUAAACCUCCAUGUUGAAUAACUGGGGUAAAC